AUGGAUCGGGAUUGUCGAGUUGAUUGGUCUACCUGGCACAACCCAAUCCGUGGUUUCUCUGCGGACAGCCCGUCUGGUAGUCAGUCCGGCGGUCGGGCCCGUCAGCACGGCGUAUCACAUUCCGAAAUCACAUUGCCGGCUGAUGAUAAGGCAGCUCCUGGAGGCGGAUCCUUUUGGGGUCACCUGAAGAAGAAAAGAUAUCACAGUGAUGUCUGA